AUCUCCUCCUCCUCCUUUUUCUCCUCCUCCUCCUCCUCCACCUGUCGCGCUCCUGGCCAAGGGAGGAAGAGGGCUCAAAUCGUGGCUGGUCCUGUCCCUUCCUUUCCUGUCCUGUCCUUUCCAGAGGCUGCUUGGCGGCGUUUCCGGGCGGAGCGCGCGGCCCCUCCUUGCCCUGCCCCAGGCGCCCCGGUCUCGCGCGCCUCCUGGCCACGCGCCAAGCAGMCCCCCCCCCCCUCCUCCUCCGCGAAGGGAAACGCCGAGACCGGCAGCUUGGGCCUCGCUCCGUCACGCGCGACCGAAGGGUUUCCCACCUAAAGCCUUGCCUCCAGGUUUUUUUGCUUCCCCCACGGCGCAGUGUGUGAAAGUCAUGCAAGACUCUUGGGAAAAGGUUUUAUGAUGAUGAUUUACAUCAAGAAAUCAACAAAAUGAAAUUUGGAAAAAUAUGCAUAAAGAAAACUGCCAGUCACAUUCUAAUGCCACUGAAGAAAAAGUUGUGAAGCAAUGGAAAGAUCAGACAAGCAAAAUGGACUCUUUGAAACAGCCCUUGGAGAGGGCAAGGAGGAGGAUGGAACUGGCUCUGUUUCCUCGUCGCCUCUUCCUCUCUGCUUGAACAAUAUGGAAAUGCUGGAAAAGGCCAGGGAGCUCUUCCGUCUCUGUGACAAGGAGGAAAAGGGCUUUAUUACCAAAGCUGACAUGCAACGAUUGCAGUGUGAGCUGCCUCUCACCACCGAACAACUAGAAGCUGUUUUUGAUAACCUGGAGCAAGACAAUAAUGGUUAUCUCACCCCAGUUGAAUUCAGUAUGGGACUAGGAAAAUUCAUUGGAAUUGAGCAGUACCAAAGCCCGGAAAACACCAGACAUGAGGAGACAUUUGAGUCCGGCUGGUCAGAUGAUUUGGAUCAGACAGAUGAGGAGGAAAAGAGGUUUUGCUCCCUGCUGGAACAACUAGAUGCAUCUCAAGUCUUUGAAGAUCAGAGUGAGGUCCAGGAGCUUUGGGCUCGCCUUCGGAAAGAACAACCAGAGCUCUUGGCCACUUUUGAAGAAUUUAUUUUCCGCAUUUCCUCAUAUCUCAAGGAUGUACAACAGGAGAAAGAGUCCAUGGAACUGGUGUUAAAAAGGCGGGAGACAGACCAUGACAGAGAAAUCAGGUGCCUCUAUGAAGAAAUGGAGCAGCAAAUUAAAGCAGAAAGAGAACACCUGCUCUUCCAGGUAAACUCCUUCCUCACUCUUUGGACAAAAGCUCCUGAGCUGAAGGCCACGUGCUGCUCUCAAUUGUUAAAUCAAGGAGCCAAAUCCUGGAUCCUUCCUGCACUCUGGGGACUUAUUUUAUGGAGGACAUGGGAAAGAAGCAAAAAAUAAAACCUAUUCAUCUACUCUUUGCAGGGGUCCACAAAGCAGGACAAGAGCAGCCUGCUCCAGAAGGAGCUGCGGAACAAAGAACAAGAAUUUGAGAAAAUACUUUAUCAUCAGAAAAAGCUGGAGCAUCAGUUACAGUCCCUGAACUCAGAGCAGCUGGAGAUAAGAGUGCAAAAUGAGAGGCUACAGAUUCUGAAUGAAAGCCUUCUGGAUCAGCUGGAGAGAAGCAGAUGGGAGCUGGAGGUAGCCCAGAGUCACCUUCAGCACCUACAGAAAGAAGCCCAGCUUGAACAGGAACAGAAGGACAGGGAUGUGUUUCAAGUCUCUAAGAAUAUGCAGAAAGAAAAGAAAAGUCUGCUGCGACAACUGGAACUUCUCAGGGAGAUGAACAAGAAGUUGAGAGAUGAGAGGGACGCUUUCGAAGCCAAGAAGCUGACCAUUACUGAGAGGAAAAAGUCCCUGUGGAAGAAAGGGUCAAUGAUAGGCAAAUACCUAGUGGAAGAGAAGCCAGCCAAAUGUCAGCUUUUUCCUGGAGAUUUUCCUCUUGUCCUGCCCGAAGAUACUAUAAUGGAAGAACCUACCAACAACAAUUGUAAAUUCUUUCUGAAAAGCACGACCAAUUUGAAGGAUGGAAGAGGAGCUAAUCUAUCAGCGGAACAAUGUACAGCUUUUAGGAAAGCAACAGAGAAGCAGAAAAUUUCGGGAAGUGGUGGGACCCCAAGGUCUCUGAACAACAAUAAGAAUAGGAGAGAGAUGCAUGAGACCAUGGAUUUUAUGUUCCCAAAGGGGAAGCCCAUGGGCUAUGAUGCUAAGAGAUAUGAAUCUUCUCCUGAUCGUGUCUUCAAAGUGGUGUUUCUUGGUAACUCUGGAGUUGGCAAGACCUCCUUCAUCCAUCACUUUUGCUACAGCAGAUUCUUGACUGAAAUCAGUUCCACCAUUGGCAUCGAUUACCAGGUGAAGAGUUUGAUGGUUGACAAUAUGCAGGUGGUUUUACAGCUAUGGGAUACGGCUGGGCAGGAAAGAUUCCGGAGCAUCACGAAGCAGUAUUUCCGAAGAGUAGAUGGCAUCCUGGUCAUGUAUGACACCACAGCUGAAUCCACCUUUGUGGCUGUCCGGAACUGGAUGUCAUGUGCCCAGGAUGGGGUUGAAGAUGAUGUAGUGAUGUUUCUGCUUGGAAACAAAAUGGACAUAGCUGAUAAACAGAAACCCAAAAUACCCAGGACUGCAGGUGAAAGGCUGGCAAAGGAAUAUAAGGCUGUUUUCUAUGAGUGCAGUGCAAUGACUGGCUAUAACAUUCUGGAGCCCAUGCUGCAUAUGGCAAGACUUCUGACAGCGCACGAGGACAGGCAGAGAGAGUGGGCACUGCACCUGGAGGAAUGCAACAAUGGAAAGGGAUGCUGUUUGUAACAGACCUCAUUCAAGAACAUGUCAUAAAAUAAACGAGUUGAAGAGAGAGACAGAAUGAGCUGUCUCUGAGAAAGAUAUGGAUAGAUGUUCCUGGGAGCAUUGGGACUGCCGGAAGAUGAACAAUUCCUUUUUUAUCCUUAGAAAAUUUUUGACAUGGCAUCAUUUGUAGCUGAAAAUCAUCCAUAUAUUAUCCACAUUGCUUCAGGUAUUAGCCUGGGUUGCAGCUCAGGGAUUCAACAUUUAUUAGUGUGUCUUUAUAAGUUCCGUUUGUUGGUUUAUACAAACGUACUUAGGAAAAAAUGAGAAAAAAUACAUUUCUGUGUAAGUACACCAGGUUCAUUUAAUUAUAAAUAGAACAAUUUAAAUAAA